AUGAUCCUCUCCACUGGCCGUCAAUCCCGGUUUAAGUCCAGCCAGUCGACCUUGAGAGGCGGCACGACCCAAAAUGCCAGCCACGUCAGGGGCGCCCCUGAGCAACCGCGUCCUCGCAACCCGCCUAGCUAUCGCCAGAUAUUCCGAUUAUUCUGGGACAGCCUGAAGAAUCUUGUGGGCUUGGCUCGUAGCGAUGCCUUGAGGGAGGCUUAUCGGACGAACCCCGAGGAGGUCAUUGCCGCUCUUGUUGGCCUGAUAGCUAUAACUGCCAUCUUUGGCUACGCCAUUGUGCUAAUCUUUACCUACUUCUACGCCGAGCAGUUCACCCGCUUCCCCGAGCCCAUUGCCCAGGCCUUGCGGAGAGCCCUGUACUACAGCAACUACGCGCCAGACCCCCAGCGCGCCCUGAAAUACUACCAAAAGGCCUUGGACCUAUGUAACGAGAUGAAUCUCGAUCCCUUCUCGGACGAAGUCAUGGGGAUCAGGAUCCAGAUUGCCGCAUGGCUGGAGAAGCUCGAGAGUUAUGAGAACGCCGCCAAGACUCUGGAAGCGCUGUUGGCGGAUUGCAGGCGUUGGGUACAGGUCAUGGAGAAGGAGGUCAAGGAGGGAACUGCACCAAAGACGCUGUUGGACCCACAGAACCUCGACGAGGUGACAGAGACGCUCUGGGGGAAACGAACCCGAAUUCUGGCCAAGUCAGUUGCCAUCAGCGUCAAGCUUGCGGAUCUCUACUCGGAUGAGCAUAUGCGCGAAGAUGAACUUGCCCACGAGCGGCUUGUUUGGGCCGUCGAAACAGGCCUUGGUGAACUACGGAGACGGACCGCAGAAGGUCUCAAGAAGGGAGAGGGCGUCUGGAUGAGUUCAGAGGAGUUGGGAGGAGCGUUAGAAGCGCUUGGUCAUAGCUACGAAGCAAAGUCGCAAUUUCACCUGGCACUUCCCCUCUUCUUCCGCGCUCUCCAACUGUGCAAAGAGCCAUGCCACAUUGCCGUCUUGAUGAACAACAUUGCGACUUCAUUCGCUCAGCACCCGCUAUUGGCAAUUGGCGAUGCCCCGGUGGAUGGGCUGAUGGAGCAACCCAAGGAAGCAGCCACAGCGGCAGAGCAGAGGGCUUCUUAUCUGGCAGCAGCCCGUCGCUGGGCAUCGAAUGCCAAUCAGCACGCGACGGAGCCGCAAGGUGACAAACGGACUGCAGAGUGCGACGAGGCCUGCGCUGUCUCGCUUGCCAAUCUGGGCGACAUCGCAAGCCUAACAGGCGACCUUACCAGGGCGCGCCGGAUGUUUGAACAAGCCAUUGCCAUGAGCAAAAAGAUUGGGUUCGAAGCUGGGAUCACGCAAGCCGAAGGCGGGCUACGAGCGCUGUCGCAGAGCGGCCCCGUGGCGGUAGCGGCAUGA